ACAUUGGGUGAUCCUCCUUUGGAAGAGGCUUUGCUCAUGUCUAGGAGAGCUGGUAUCAUUAAUGUCACAGCACUGGGACAUUGGGAAGGAGUCAGGUUGCCCAAACUUGCUGCUUCCCCCUCCCUCGGGGUCCAGGAGGAGAAUCCUGGCCAACAGUUAAUCCACUUCCUUUUAUUGCUCCAACAAAAGAAAAGGAUCCUUAUCUCUCAAAACUAGAAGUGUAAUGGGAAGCAAACAGGGGCCUUCCCCUUCCUUCUACUUAUCAUUCCUCUGUCCCUCUAAAUUUAUCUCUGUCCCUGGACCUUAACCUCCAGCUCCAAGGGCAGGACAGGGCUGGCUGAUAAGCUGUCUCUGAACCCGCUGCUAUUGAAGCAAUUAUUCAGCAGCUGCAGCCCUUUGCAGCUGAGCAGAGAUUACCAUCUGGAGCCCUGGGAAAGCCAUCCUCCUGCCUCCUUAAUGCAGCCUGCCCUGCAGACCUUAUUUACAGCACCUUCUGGCUGAAUUACCAGGACGAUGCCGCCCUGGGAUCUUCACUGCUCUUUCUUUGGAUUCUGUCAAGCGCGCCGGAGCGGUGGAGACGUCGGCAGCGCCUGGCCGGGACCCGCGUCCAUCCAUCAACCCGAAUCCCAGCUGAACCCCGCAAGAGACUCUCCAAUGGAUCCUUUCUGGACAACUUCCUGCUGCUGAAGAAUGCAGAAGUACUUGAUAGAGAUACAGAGACCUCUGAGUGACCCCUCGUGUUUCAGAGUCCUGAGGCUGCAGAUUCUCCAGAGGAACCCAUGUCUCCUGUAACCGGCGGCUGAGCAGGAGCGCACCGUUAUGGGAGUUAAAACCACAGAAGCUGUUUUCUUAUAUGCAGUUAAGAAAAAUGACUUGGCCGAUGAAGGGAGUGCCUUGUGGAGGGUGUAAUUUCACCCAGCCCUGCAGGACACGUCCCACCCUUCAGGAGAGCAGAGCUGAGCCUCCUCUUUAGCAGCAGUACAAUUACAGGUUAAUGGUCUGAUACAUGAAUACUGAAGGCUGUCUUUGAGUUCCAUCUCGUGGGAUGCUGCAGUGCCCGGAGCGAGGUGCACGUCUGCCGAUCGGCCCGUGUUCGGGGUGAGCCCCAGCUCUGCCGCCCGUGGGUUCCACAGGGCUGAGGAAUGUCACCGGCGAACAGAACACAAGCACAGCUGGCCGGGGAGAAAACAAAUGCUGAAACCCAACCAACUCAGGUGGGGAUUACAGCAGCAGCACGGGGUGACUCCUGACCCCAGGAGGAACGUUCAGGAGGAGCUCGGCAUGGGGGCUCUGGGGACAGCGGCUGCCUCUGCUGCACCCCUGCCACUAAACCUUCCUGCGCCUCGGGCCUCAUCCUGCUGGGUGAUCCUCCGGAUGCUCAUGAGGACCGAGCACCCAGGUUUUCUCAGAGUUGCUGAUGACAGAGCAGCGCUCUGGCCAGCUCUGCCCGGCCACCGCGCGGUGGGACCGCGGGAUCUGGGAGCCGCAACGCGCAUCAGGCACCAAAGGCAGCGACCGCUUCAGCCACCUUUGCGGAUCCAGGACCGCUCCCAGGAGCUGGUGCAGAUCGUCCGGAGCGCAGACCGCCGGGCCAGGAGCCGCGGCGCCAAGGUGGGCAGCCUGGCCGACAGGGAGUCCAUCCUGCAGCGCCUGGACCACCUGGAGGAAGUGGUCUACAACCAGCUCAAUGGUCUGGCAAAGCCCAUGGGAUUAGUUGAAGGUCCAGGGGGCUUGGGCCAGGGGGGAAUGGCCGCUACCCUGAGGGACGACAGCCACGAGUCGGAGACCAAGUACGAAGAAUACGGUUACAAUGCCCAGCUCAGUGACCGGAUAUCACUGGACAGGUCCAUCCCUGACUACAGACCGAAAAAGUGCAAACAGAUGAGCUACCCCGACGACCUGCCCCAGAUCUCUGUGGUCUUUAUAUUUGUGAACGAGGCACUGUCGGUGAUCCUGCGCUCCGUGCACAGCGUGGUCAAUCACACCCCCUCGCACCUGCUCAAGGAGAUCAUUCUGGUGGAUGACAACAGUGACAACGUUGAGCUGAAAUUUAACCUGGACCAGUACGUGAAUAAAAGAUACCCCGGCCUGGUGAAAAUAGUGCGCAAUACCAAACGAGAAGGGCUGAUUCGAGCCAGGAUCCAAGGCUGGAAAGCAGCGACCUCUCCUGUCGUGGGGUUCUUUGACGCUCACGUUGAGUUCAACAUUGGCUGGGUGGAACCUGCGCUUACCCGCAUCAAAGACGACCGAAAGCGGAUCAUCUUACCAGCCAUUGACAAUAUCAAGUACAACACUUUUGAAGUGCAGCAAUACGCCAACGCAGCCCACGGCUACAACUGGGGCCUCUGGUGCAUGUACAUAAUCCCACCGCAGGACUGGCUCGAUAAAGGGGAUGAGUCGGCUCCCAUCAGGACACCAGCCAUGAUUGGAUGCUCGUUUGUAGUAGACCGAGAGUAUUUUGGGGAGAUCGGCUUGCUCGACCCUGGCAUGGAGGUCUACGGAGGAGAAAACAUUGAACUGGGCAUGAGGGUGUGGCAGUGCGGAGGGAGCAUGGAGGUGCUGCCCUGUUCCCGUGUGGCACAUAUCGAGCGCACAAAGAAGCCCUACAACAACGACAUCGAUUACUAUGCAAAGCGCAACGCCCUGCGCGCCGCCGAGGUCUGGAUGGACGACUUCAAGUCCCACGUGUACAUGGCGUGGAACAUCCCCAUGGCGAACCCUGGAGUUGACUUUGGAGACGUUUCUGAGAGAAUAGCCCUACGGCAGCGGCUGCAGUGCCGGAGUUUCAAGUGGUACUUGGAGAACGUCUAUCCUGAAAUGAGGGUGUAUAAUAACACCGUCACUUACGGAGAGGUGCGUAACAGCAAGGCCAGUGGCUACUGCCUAGAUCAGGGAGCCGAGGAGGAUGACAAGGCCAUCCUCUACCCGUGCCAUGGAAUGUCCUCCCAGCUGGUGCGCUACAGCUCGGAAGGUGUCCUGCAGCUGGGCCCGCUGGGCUCCACCGCCUUCCUGCCCGACUCCAAAUGCCUCGUGGACGACGGCAAGGGCCGGACACCCACUCUGAAGAAGUGUGAAGAUGUCCUGAGGCCAGCACAGCGCUUCUGGGACUUCACACAGAAUGGUCCAAUCAUCAGCAGAGACACUGGCCGCUGUCUAGAAGUGGAAAUGUCAAAGGAUGCAAAUUUUGGGCUCAGAUUGGUUGUACAAAGGUGCUCGGGGCAAAAAUGGAUGAUUAGAAACUGGAUCAAACACGGUCGACACUGACUGCUGGGGCUGAGAAGCCGCCUCUCCUGCCGUCGUCCAUUGCUCAGUGUGCCAUAUCUUGCAAGGCAUUUGUCUUAAAGCAAAUCAGUUUGAACAGGAUUUGGCUGUCAAAAGUCCUCCAUAGCUGGGCAUUCAAAGGAGAAAGAGAAGAAAAAGGAAAGCAGACACCCUCAUGCCCUAUUUGACUCUUCCUUGCUUUGGAAGAUGACCUGGAAAGCAUAACAAGAGUCUUCUGUUGAUUUGGAAAUUGUUGGAACACCGGAACACAACAGAAAAGUGGGUUCCUUAAGCUCUCCUGAAGGAAUUAAUAGACAGAUGUUUCUAUGAUGAGUUGAAGGGAGAGAUCCCAAUACUGCCUCAUAAAGAGAAUUCUCUGAUGGGUAGCUUUUUAGCUUUAAGUUAUUGACUGGUGCACAACUCCUAUGGUGAAUAAUCAUGUGCCUUUUUUAUUGUACUUCAUAUAAAAGGGGACUUGAAAAAUCAUACCUUUUCAGCAUGUCUGGUUCAUUGUACUAAACAAGAUGAUCUGUAAAUAACACUGGAAAUAUAAUAUAUAUGAAAAAUUCCGAGGUUGAUUGUUUAGGAGUCUCUAUUUCUAGAUAGAGACUGUUCCACAAAUGUUUACAGGUGGUUCUCAACCUUCAAGCUGCUAAAAGGCGGCAUUUUAGAGACCUCUUCUAGUUAGACACAGGUAAAUGUUGAAUAGGUAAAAUAGCCACAUGCUCCAUUAUAUUGCCACAUUUUACAUUUCUUGGCUGUAAAAGCAUCACAAUAUAGCACUUGCAUAUUUAACUCUUUGGAGGCAGUAAAUGUCCCGGUAGAUGGGUGGGUUGGCCCCAGCCCUGGACACGAGUCCAAGGCUGCACGCACAGGGCAGGGGCACCCUGGGGUGUUCCAGCAGCUGCCCACAGCUGGACCCUCGUUACUUCUCAAAAUAAGUGAAAUGAUUUAGGUGCCAUCUGUGGAAUUUAGCAAUUUGAAUCUUCCAUUUUGUUACCCGUCCUGUGAAAACGUCAGAUGUGAGCAAACACGCUUCGUGAGCACUGUUUAGACAGAUUCCUGAACAAACCAACAAAGUAUUUUCAGUAUUUGAAAAACAAAGUAAAAGCUAGUGAUAAGAGGGCAAAUUGGAGGAGAACUAGGCAGUGUAUGUAAGUGCUGUUACUCCGGAAUAGAACUAUUUUAGUGCAGUUGGCCUGUUGACAGUGUCUUUGUGAACCUGGAUGGAAUGACGUGGUGCGUGGCGCGUCCCAGGGAUGUCCCAGCCGGUGCCACUGGCAAUGGCAGCGGGCGCUGGAUCAGGGGCUGUGGCACAGAGCUUUUCAUCACGGGAGAUGCGGUCACACUGAAGGAGAGACACCCAUGGUAUCUGUGCACUUCACCGUUUAAUAUUUUAUAGUAAUUUUAAUCAAAAAGCUUUGUUUUACUGAGCUGGGAAAACAGGUAAUUGCAGACACUGCAGUACCAUGAGUGUGGUGAUCUGUUUCUUGAGGAGUUUUAGCCAUUCCUAUUUCAAGGCAUGCUGAACAAAAUAAACUGGAAACAAAGUUAAUUCUUCAAGGGCAUGAUAUGUAAUAAAAUAUUUACUUUUAACAUGCAUAAUCCAUCAGUUCUUGUCAACUCUUGGUUGGUAUCCAGAGAGCAUAUCACUAUGUUUUGCCCCAGUUUUAUUUUUGAAGCAGAGUCUGUAAGAUGGCACCCAGAGCUGGUUCUCCUGGAGUUUGUUUGUGGCUAACAGCUGACCUUUAUUAAUGGUACAUGCGUCUGGUUAUGCCUUUUUUUAAUCCCCAUGUCUUAAAUUGCAAUCUGCACUUGAUCCUUGGUCAGCAGUGGGGCAGCAAUCCUCUUAGAUCCUGAGUAAAUGGAAAAGGAAGGCUGCGUAUCUGGAGGAACACCAGGAUUUAGGUUUACUAUCUUGGAAGAGUGUUGCAUUUGCUGUUUAGGAGCUUUGGAGCUGAGAAGCCCAGAUAGAUGUGCACUUACUGGCAAGGAUUUAAAGCAAGACCGACAACCCUUCACUAUGAUACCGCCAUGACACGUGUGACCUGGUUUUCCUUGGGAUUUUGCUGCUGUGCGUUUCCAGAGCCCCGCGCCAGGCGCCCGAAUGUGGCCGCGUGGUGCGGGUGAGGGCGGUUGGUCCUGGCGCGCUGUGCGUGCGGAGCCCGGGGGCUGCAGGUUUGCAACAACCAGGCUCUCAGUGUAAGAAGAAAAGCAGAUUUUUGUGUCCGUUAAAUGCCUCUGAGAUUUACAGAAUAAUGUAAAAGGAUUCAAAUGACUUCAAAGUGGCGCUGGUAUUUUCUAAGAUUGUCAUUUUUGUAAGAUUUACUGAAAUAAUUUAUUAUAUUUGAAAAACAUCUGUUGGAUUAUUUUUACUUUAGUCCUUAUCUGUAUGAAGUGCAGCUGUGGCUGUGGUAUUAACAUGGUGACUCCGCAUGUGAGAUGGUCUUAAAUAUUCUCUCAUAAAAGAAAAAAUAAUUUUAAAAGCCUGGAGUAUUACCUGUUUGAAACAAAGUCUAUGGGCCUUUUGUCAGUGUUUCACCCCUAAGUCCUGCUUAAUGCUGUUUCAAAUUGUCAGUCUUGCUUCUCACAGUGCAGCAGUCCAGAUAUUAGGAAAAGUAUUUAAUAUCAUGUAAUAUGCCUUGUUGAGGAAAUUGAGAUAAAAAUCUUCAGUUGCUAUUUUGUUUAACUGAGGAGAUUAUGGAGUUAAAUACUAGGUCCUGGGACAGAGAAUAGAAGGUAAGAACGAACAUCAAGCGUGGUACACUGCUGUCAAAGGCAAACUGGUUAGAAAAAUACUUGUGUAAGCAUGUCAAGAUCCCUAAAAAUCAGUUUGAGUCCUGUGGGGAAAAGGGCCCCUUCUCCUUUGAGAGAUAUAAACUGUUUUCCAAGCUGAAUUGAUUCUUGGCUUGAUAAAUGGGUUUGUUGCCCAGUCCAGUCUGGCUCUGCUGGCUCGGUGUCCUGGGACACGGUGACCGCUGGGGACAGCAACACGGAUGAAGAGCUGACAAGGGUGUUGAAAACCGGCGGUUCCCUGCAGUUACAUCAAGAUCAAUGUUGUGCUCAUUCAUGAGGCACCAGAACUCUGCAGGGCUGUUCCACACCCAGAAAGCACAACCCUGGAUCCACCGCAGUGACCUUAGACACAAAAUGGAAACAAGCAAUGGGUGUUCAUCCAUAUUCCGAAUGGGUUGAACUCACUCAUUUCAGUGAAUAGUUUGGGGCUUGGUGUGUGUGAAAACCAGGCCUUUGCAGUCCUUUGUUUGUAUUUCUUUUCAUCGCUCUGCUGCUUUUUCAAACCUUUGGUCUAGUAGAUGAAAACCUCACUUGCCGUGUGACAGGGGGUGUAAUCCAUCUGACACAGGACAGCUGCAAUUUUAAGUAUUUAAGCCAAAGCUAAUAAGAUUUAAUGAAACAGCACCAGUCCUAAUCAGUUCUUCAGAUCAAUUACACAGCAUGUAAUUCCUUCAGUAUCCAGUAUUCAUUUGAAACGGUUCAUUAACAGCCAUACUGAAGCAAAUUAUGGCCUGUUUCGGGACCCAAUGAGUUGGGUCGUAAGAAGAACUUUAAUAGAAGUUGGAGUUCAGAGGGAGUUUGGCAUCUUAUUGUUCAGUUAGGACACAAAUACCUUUGUGUGGCGUGGGGUUGGUUGGUUGGUUGGGUUUUUUUCCUGAAGGGCUUUAGGAGGAAGAACAACUGUAGGAAUGUGCUUAAUUGAAAAUGUUUCUAGCAAUGAUGAUCCAUUUUUGACUGCUGUUAUUUUUACUGUCUGCUUCUUACUGCUAAUCCAAGGCACUAGUGAGGCCAUGCCCACAGAUAAAAGCUGGUAUUGCCAAUGAGAAGAACUAUCCAACAAGCUGGAUAGAAACCAAGGAAUGACCAGGUCUCCGCCUGUCUCUGGAUCUGGAUGCCACCAAAGUGAACCUGAUAUUAUGUUCUCUCUGGAAAGAAUCCCAGACUUGACGGAUUUUUGUAGUGAUCGUCAGGAGUACCUGUUCAGGAGACCACCGUAGUGUGUGCCUCUAAAUUGUAUUUUGCAGAUACAAUGUGAUUUUUUUUCACAUGUGAAAUUAGUGGGUUUAAGGUGAGAGCUCUAAUUACUGAAUGCAUUAAAAAUACAUGAAUUGGCACCGUGAUCUACUGCAGUAUGUGCAUUGUGCAUGUAUAGCUUCCUGUGGCAACAAGGUUAUUCUUGCCAUGCCAGCACACAGUGCGUUCUGUGAGACAGCGUCUGCUUACCUGAGGGAACUUGAGGAAUAAAUACUGAAACUAUAGAGGUAAUAAUGCUCAGUGAAUUUGUCACAAAGUCCAUCAAUAUUUACAUCUUCUAAAAAAAUGCAAUGAAUUGGCUUCAGGUUCUCUUGUCCCUAUAGCGGGCUGGGAUGCUUAUGCCAUGGGAAGACUUCAGCUGCAAAGUCCCACCCACCAGUGGCAUUAGAAAAAGAGAUAUACCGUGACCUCUUCAGUAAACUGUAAUGGAUUUCAGAAUGGUUUCACUAAACACAUUGACUUACAUUACAAAAGGGUCAAUGAUAUCUGACUAAAGGUAUUGAGGUUGUGAGUUGCCCUAUGUAAAAACUGUUUUAUUUGGCCAAGGAUACUUAUAAACACACCAGUGAAGCAAUUUGUGGCAACAUGAUUUUGAAGAACAGAAUUUCUGAAUCAAGAGCAGAUGUGUACAAGUACUUAUUACUUUUCAUAGGGAUACAGUUUUCUAUUGGCCACCAACAAGUAUUGCACAGUUUCAAACUCUUUGUAAUAAGUUAAAUUAAAAAAAUAAUACAGCAACUAGAAUGCAAGUUGUGACUGCAAAUAAUUUUUCAUUAUGUGGCACAUCAUCAAAUCAGUUUGUAUUUACACUUAAGAAGUUAAUAAAUUACUAUGCAUUUUA